GGUGUGCGGCUACUGUCUAGACUUCCUCGAAACCUAACCUCGUUCUGGCCUUUGACUUUGCAGACCUUGCCUUGCCGGGCCCUUAUCACGGCCCUUCUCCUGUGAAGUGUUCUCGAAACUGGCAUUUCGGCCCUCAUCAGGCUAAUUUCCAGUAUUGCGAUGGACGUCUCUCAGAGCACACUUUUCAACUAACUCAUUGAGCCUCACGACAUACUUCUGACUCCUUGACAGCACAGACGCCUGCCAGGUUGAGCGUGCUCCGACGCACGCACGCGGCGGCACCGUAUUACCCCAGACCCCCGUCGCGUCACCACCUGCAGCCAUGUUCACGCGCAACUCUAAAAGACUCCUUCUCCCGGCCGCCGCAUGUCUAAUCUUCAUCUUUACCUUUCUAUUUCACUCUUAUUUCGAGAACUCUCUGGGCCUGAGACGUAGCUCAACAACAUCAUCGGCGGAGCCCACGGAAGAGACCGGCGAUGGCACAUGGCUAGUACCCAACACGACGACGCCGUCACUAUCACGCGAAGAAAUACAGGACUUGGUUGAACAGAUCGCGUACGCUGCCCACAACGCUCUUCCAAAUGUCAACGAAUUUCCUCCGACACCCUCCACACACCGCGAGCUACGGUCCCUCACCUCUCAGAAUGGCGCAUACUGGGAGAUUCACUUCGCCCAUCGCAAGGGUCUCAACCCUAACAUCAUACCACACUCGUAUAUGGAGGACACAUGGUACAUAGUGGCACAAGCCUUACGCCCAGAGUCUAGCCCGAAAGAUUCGGUGUGGUCUACAGAAAUAGUAUGCAAUGCAGCAUUUAAAAAUGGCGAGUUGGUGUGCGAUGAACCACCGACCAUUCUCCCGAUCACAAACACAAAAGGUGGCGACAAGUGUGUUGGUGAACUCUCCUACUUCGGCUUCAACGUUGGUCCUCGCGACGCGCGCGUCUUCUACGGCCCUGAAGACCCAUACAUCAUCUUCGGCUCGAACUCGUGGUACACAUGUAUGGGCAUGUUCAUCCAGGACUUCCGUGUCCUCGUAGACUGGGGCUUGAGCCAGAUUUGGGCGGACCGCUUCAAGUUUGCAACAGAACUGCAACGUCCCCCACCAUACGGCUACAUGGAGAAGAAUUUUUUUCUGUUCUGGGACAAAUACAAUAACAUGUACGUGCACAAUGACAUUUCGCCAAAGCGCGUCUUCGCUAUGCUGCAGCCAGACGGCAGCGUCUCCAAAGACCUCGCACCACUCGCCAGAACCGAUGCUGCAUGCAUGGCAAAAUAUAUGCCCAAAAUGACCGGCGAGAAAGAAAAGAUUCAUCAGGCCACAAAUUCCCUCUCCAUCACACUUUGCGACCGCGCCGAUACGACCUGCAAGCAGACAGACGAUAAUACCUUCAUAAUGGCCAUUUUUCAACACAAAACCUAUAUUUACAUGCACGCCGUAUACGAGCCGCACGUUGCGCUAUUCAGCCGCGCCCCUCCAUUUGCGCUACACGCGCUCAGCACUAAACCGUUCUGGCUGCUCGGCCGCAAGGGCGGCACGAAUGUUGGGCGCGACUUUGAGGGAGACCCAAUGGAUCCUGUCGAGGGAAGUGAGAUGAUAUACAUCUCGAGCAUGAGCUGGAAGACUCAUGGACAGAAAUACCACGGAUACCAAGACGACGUACUGUUUGUUGGAUUUGGCAUCGAGGACCAGAGGACAGCAGCGAUUGAUAUCAAGGCUGGUGACCUAUUGAAAGAUCUUGGAUUUUGUUUGGAGAAGUAAGGAAAUCGAGUAUGUAUGAUUUGUAUGUGAUUGCAAGAGCAACGCUCUAUGAUUUCAGACGCAUUGGAUAUAGUAACCAGGCAGGAACGGGCUGAUACCGUCAGACCUUGCCAUGUAUUUACAGGAUGAAUCAAAACCAUAAUAUGAAUAGGUGUUG